AUGGACUUUGACGAUGUCGUUUCUGUUAUCCAUGACGAUGAGGAGCUUCAACCUGGACAACCCUAUUUCGCGCUGCCAUUGGGCAAGUUGAAGCAACCGCUUCAGGCGGAGGAGAUGGCCGCUUUGGCUGUCAAGGCGAGGUCCGCCCUCAUGAGGAGUGGCGGAGACCAAUGCCAGUGUCGCCAAAAGUCUCCAUUGCCGGCCAUGUUUUCUGGCGAGAAGGACUCGAAGUCGUCCGGGAGAGUAGCUCCCGGCGGUGGUGUCGAAGGCGGAGGAGGCAGUGAGACGGAGGAGUACGUGGAUGCGCCGUGA